GACGCUGGCAGUCUUGGGUUUCUGCUUGUUCGGCUGCUGUGAGGACGGCGGGCGACCGCAGCUAAGAAAGAGAAAGACGUGGCAGCACGCGGGAGUCGGAGACAUUGUCAUCGGUUCGGUAAAGUUUCUGUUCUCUGAUUUGGGGAUAUUCCCUGCCCAAAAAAUUCCUGGAAAAUUGACUAGUAUUAAGUGUGAGUAAAAGGUGUCCACUUUUUUUUAAGUCUUGAUUUUAGUUUUGUCUUGGAUAGUAUUUGGCAAGAUUUAGCCUAGAAAGUAUGUAGUGUUUAUUACAUAAGAAGCAAAGUGGCAUUGUUACUGGGCUGGUUUUGAAACUCAUUUCUGUGUAUUAAAAUAACUUAAUUUUUUUUUUAUUUUAAAUUCUUAAAUGGUAAAUGUACCAUUCAUUGUGAAGUAAAAUUUCAUCUCCCCCCAAAUUUACCCUUUUACCAACUGGAGUGAAGUCUUUAGCUCUAAUCAUCAAUUAUCAGGAAGCCUUUGCAGGGCCAGCAUUGAAUGCCAUGCCAGUGAUGCUUGUGUUGAUAUAAAGGAAGAAGAAUAAGCAUCUUUAGCAUCUCUGUGCUUCGUCCGAGCUGGUUCAGAAUGGCUAUAAUGCUGCUCUGCCCUCUUCAGCUCGCUGCCCCACUCUGUAGUUACUCUGUAACUAUACACUUCUACCUUUUUUGGUUAAACACUCCCUGACGAUGAUUGUUAAACAUACCAUAAACAUUGACAUAUAUAUGUAUCUAUCAAUACAUCCAUAUAUAUGGAUUUCUCUUCAUCUUGAUUUUGUGGCUGGGUAAAAUUUAACUUCAUGGUACUUUGGUAUAAGAGUAAGUUCACUAUUUUUAUAUUGAACCCAAAUCUAAAGGCUUUUAUAUUAUAUUUUAAAAGGAUAAUUAACCAAAUGUUUUAUUUCUAUACAUUUGUGUGUGUAUAAGCCUGUUAGUAUAUAUUAUAUGGAUAUUAUAUACAUAAAACACUUAUAUUUUUACAUACGGUAUGCUUUUAUUAUACAGAUAAUAAAGAUGGGGGAAGGUUUCUGUUUUUUUUCUUAAUAGGUGAAGAAAUCUUGAAGACCAGAGAUUGGAUCUUAUUGAAAUUUUGGUGGUGUUUUUACUUUUUCUUUUUUUCGUCUUUUUAUUUUUAAAUUAUAUUGCUCAGCUAUGGAAGAUGGAUUUUUUUUUUUAAUUCUUUGAAUUUUAAGUUCAUCUUUAAAUGAACUUUUUUUUUUGUUUUUUUGUUUUUGGUUUUUUUGAGGAGAUAACUAAUACUAGCUGUCUCCAGUCUGACAGAGGUUAUACAAAUGGACUUAAUCUUCCAGGAGUUGGGAGAUGUUUUAAAGAUGUUUUAAAAACACGUCCUGUGUUUCAAUUGUGGCUGAGAGGUUUCCUUGGCAAUGUGAGGAAGAAAAUUCUUUCUACCUCAUUAUUAUUAAUUCAUGGAUUGAGUGUUGGUUCGACCUACAGGCGUAAUAGCUUGGAACUGAGUGAAGACACAGAUGUCCCUGUUGAGAGCAACCAGCUAAUGAUUACGUUUUAAAGACGAUUUCUGUGGUUGAGUUGUCAUUGGAAGAGUAAGUCCAUUUCAAGAGUACUUGGAGCUGGUCUUCACCUCGAGGAAGCAGUGGCUUGUUCCAGGAAGCCACUUUUGGCCUGAGAAUUUACCCAGUAUGCCUAAUCAGGGAGAAGACUGCUAUUUUUAUUUCUAUUCUACAUGCACCAAAGGUGACAGCUGCCCAUUCCGUCACUGUGAAGCUGCACUAGGAAAUGAAACUGUUUGCACACUAUGGCAAGAAGGCCGUUGCUUUCGACAGGUGUGCAGAUUUCGCCACAUGGAAAUUGACAAAAAACGAAGUGAAAUCCCUUGUUAUUGGGAAAACCAGCCAGUGGGAUGUCAAAAACUAAACUGCGCUUUCCAUCACACCAGAAGUCGUUAUGUUGAUGGACUGUUCCUACCUCCAAGCAAAAGUGAGAUUGGUUUUGGUUCUAAAAGAGAACAGUUGCUAUUCACUGUGUUACCCACUGUGCCUGAGUCACAAGAAGAAGAAGUAAAGGCUAGCCAGCUCACGGUUCAACAGAACAAAUUGUCUGUUCAGUCCAACCCCUCCCCUCAGCUGCGGAGUGUAAUGAAAGUAGAGAGUUCAGAAAAUGUUCCUAGCCCCACACAUCCGCCUGUUGUAAUCAACGCUGCAGAUGAUGAUGAAGAUGAUGAUGAUCAGUUUUCUGAGGAGGGCGAUGAAAGCAAAACACCUGCCCUGCAACCAACUCCUGACGUCCACAAUGGAUUAAGAGUGCCUUCUGCACGAAAACCUGGAGUCAGUUUAAAACAAGGUGAAUGUUUGAAUUUUGGAAUAAAAACUCUUGAGGAAAUUAAAUCAAAGAAAAUGAAGGAAAAAUCCAAGAAGCAAGGUGAAGGCUCCUCCGGAGUUUCCAGUGUUUUACAUCAGCCUCAGCCCAGUCCAGGCCCUGAGAAGGAGAAUGUUCGGACUGUGGUGAGAAUGGUAACUCUAUCAACCAAACCAGAAGAGCCGUUGGUUAGACUGAGUCUUACUGAGAGACUGGGAAAACGAAAACUUGCAGUAGGUGGUGACAGUGAUCCCCCAUUAAAGCGAAGCCUUGCACAGAGACUGGGGAAAAAAGUGGAAGCACCAGAAACUAACAUUGAUAAAGCACCAAAGAAAGAGAGAAUUCAUAAAGCCGGUGAGAUCCACGUAAAGACUUUAGAAGAAAUUCUUCUUGAAAGAGCCAGUCAGAAACGUGGAGAAUUGCAAACAAAACUGAAGACAGAAGAACCUUCAGGACCUGAAGAUUCUCCAUCGGGAACAAAAAGUUCUUCAGUGCGGAUCAAAACCUUCUCUGAGGUCCUGGCUGAAAAGAAGCAUCGGCAGCAGGAAAUGGAAAGACAGAAGUCCAAAAAGGAUACAAGUUGCCUCAUGCUAACAGAAGACACUGAAGUGAAAAAGACAGUGAGUCUGCCGACCGUAGCUGUUAGCAGAGGACAACCCGAGGAGCCUGCGGGGAGAACCAGGUCCAUGCAGGAGGUGCACAUUAAGACGCUCGAGGAGAUUAAACUGGAGAAGGCCCUGAGGGUGCAGCAAAGCUCUGAGAGUAGUGGCAACUCCCGACCUCAGGCUGAGGCUGCCCCAGGGCCAAAGAGGCUGCUCCGCAUCACCAAGAGAGCAGGUACAAAAGAAGAGAAAAAAGUUGAACUUGAAGACAGUGGCGAUGCUCCUUCUCAGAGCAGCAUGACUAAGAUGGAGGCUAAUGAGACCUCAGAUGAGACCAUAAGUGAUCCCACAAAACUUCCAGUCAACAGAUGUGACACUGUCAAAGAGAAACAUCCACAGAGACAGCAGGAGAGACUUGCUGCACAAAAGGAGAAAGCAGCCUUGUCAUCUGUGCGUGGAGAUGAGGCUUCCCACUAUACUCGAGUGGUGGGGAAGCCGGUGCUCACUGCUGGAUCGGGCAUCACUCGGCACCUGGCAAAACGGCUCCCCAUGGAGUCAUCCCAGAAAGGGGAGGUAGAAACCUCUGGAAUUGGGGAUUCAAUACUGAAUGUGAAAUGUGCAGCACAGACUUUGGAGAGAAGGAGUAAAGCCAAACCUAAAGUAAAUGUGAAACCAUCUGUGGUCAAGGUGCUCUCAGCUCCCAAAUUGGCUCCUAAACGCAAGGCUGUGGAGACGCACUCUGCUGUCAUCGCAGCGGUGAAGCCACUCAGCUCCAGCACUGUCCUGCAGGAAACCCCCACCAAGAAAGCAGCUGUGGCUGUUGUCCCACUCCUCUCUGAGGAUAAAGCCGUCACCGUGUCUGAGACAGAAAAACCGAAAGACAGCUCUGUGCUGUCUGCAGCCCAAGCUUCUUCAGAACCCUUGCUCCCAGAAGGAUCUGGCCCUUCCUCAUCCCAGAUGGCAACAAAACCACGCCGGCUGAGCUCUGCCUCGACGGGAAAGCCUCCACUCUCUGUGGAAGAUGAUUUUGAGAAACUAAUAUGGGAAAUUUCAGGGGGCAAAUUAGAAGCUGAGAUCGACUUGGAUCCUGGGAAAGAUGAGGACGACCUUCUGCUUGAGCUCUCAGAGAUGAUUGACAGCUGAAGCUGAAGGGGAUAAUGAGGACACUUUAAAAAAAAAAAAAAAAAACCCUCACCAAAAACUGGACUUAGUUUCAUCUAUUUACCUGAGGUGGUAAUUUCUUUAAGUCUCAAAUUUUGCCCAAAUCAAAAGUAUACCUCUGAAGUACCUGUGUGUGUCCUAGAUUCCCUGGGGUCAGAUCUUUUACAUCCCUUGAUAAAUAGUUGUUUUGUCCAUUUGAUGCCAUUGUUCAGCAUCUUUGAGAAGAAAGUUCUGUAAUGCCCUUCUCUCCACAUGAGACUGAGCUCCAAAUGAAACGGUGCACGAGAACUCAGUGGUCCUUGAGGUGUUUGUCAGUGUGGGCUAGCUUCCCCUGCUGUAUUUAUUUAUGUAUUGUCUUAAUUUUAUCAGCAUUUAAAAUGAAGACAGCUGCUAACCAUUGUGGACCAAAUGUCAUGCUACCACUAAACAAAAGACCCACUCAGUCUGUGUAAAAUUGUAUGUCUUUUUAAAGGUAUUUGGAGAUUCGUCUAAGCUUUAAAGAGGGCCGGGCAGCUCGAGAACCUGAGAUACGGACAUAACUCUGGACCUGGUCCUGUUGUGCUAGCUGCUCCGUAAGCCUCUGAAGAGCAAUAGCUAAUUUAUUAUUACUGUAAUUUUUUAAAGGCUUUAAAGUGCCUCAGGGGGUCCCUUGAAACUAAUUUUCUAUUUCUGGGAUUCCCUGGAUUCUUUAUAAGAGAUGGUGACAUGACUAGGGAAAUUCCUUUUUUUAGUAUGAAAAUUGUCCCUUCAAUACCUUUCUCUUACUGGCAUUGAAUUAUCACAAAGACAGAAAAUUGGUAAUUUUUUUUUAAUUUCUAACUCUCCCAGGAAACUCCUCUUGCAUAUUAUUUAUUUGAUGUGCUUUAACCAUGGGGGAUGGGGGGGGUGACCUCAAGCUGCCAGUAUUCAUCUACAGACUGUCGCAGUACGCUGGACUGUGCUGUCUGUCAUAGGGAUGGCAAGAUGCUCCGGGGUGUAUUGGAUACCUCCAGUUUCUUCAUUUCUGGAUUGAGUUUUCUUAAUGUUGGUCUUCAUAUCACCUCAAGGUUUAGACUUGUGAAGGAACGAGUCUGAUGAGGAUAAUAGUCUUGAAAUGAGACACUGUACAGAAUUGGAAGAAGGAAAGAAAAGACUUGUUCAUUGUAAUACUUUUUCUGUAGGUGGCCAGUUUGUUUCUCAUAGGGAAAUCCUGGAUCACCUGUCAUGUUGGCUCCUAAGGAACUGCUGUUGUAAGCGGCUCAUCAAGAGUUGAAGUUCAUGUAGCCUUGUUGGGAAUAUGGAAAAGGAAGAAAGCCACGGGACUGCCAGUUCAGUCUGGGAAGAUCUGGAUGAUUCUGCACAUGCAAAAAUGACUUGAAGUUUCUGUAGAGACACUUGUACCAAUCCAUCUUCAGCUGACUGAAUGUUGUAUGAUAGCCCUUCUCCAAAGCAGAGGUGGAAGGUUCUGGUUUCACCACACAUUUUAUAAACACAUUUCCUUUUUUGAAUUGGCCUAUAGAUUGUAGGUCUCUUUUGUAUAUAACCUCUAUUCUUUUGCUUUAAAAAAAAGUCUGUUCAUAUUUAAUGCCCUGUAUUAGUCAAUGAUUUGUGUUCAACAUUAUUUGAACCAUUUGCCAUUAACGAAAGAGAAAUACUUAUUUGUGUUUUAAAUAAAACUGAUAUAGGAAAUA